AGAAAUGCUGUUGACCGGAAAUGAAGUCACAGUGCGAGACACAUCACGCUUUUGGAUCAACAACAACAUGCCAGAAAUCCAACUCAAGCACGUCGUGUCCUGCAGCACCGAGGAUACGACUCACAAGGCAGACAACCUGCUGAGCUCUGACACCUACAGAAAGUGGAAAGCAGCCAGACCAGGAGAGAAGCAGACCUCUGUCAUCCUGCAGUUCGAGAAGGAGGAGCAGGUGCACAGCAUUGAUAUUGGAAAUGAGGGUUCAGCGUUCAUCGAGGUGUUGGUGGGAAACUCUUCUGCUUCGGUCAGAGACCAGGACUACGAGGUUCUCUUGGUUACGUCUUCUUUCAUGUCCCCCACGGAGAGCCGUAACGGCACCAAUUUGAAUCGGGUGCGUUUCUUUGGGCCGGCCCAGCUGCAGAAGAGCUCAGCACAGGAGAAGUGGGACCGGGUGAAAAUUGUGUGUAGCCAGCCAUACAGCAAGAACAUAUCGUACGGACUGGCUUUUGUUAAGUUUCAUUCACCGCCUGACAAAAAUGAUCCUCCAACGUCCUCGCCAAAACUGACAAAGCUGGGACAGUUCAGGGUGAAAGAUGAGUCUCCAUCAUCCGCGCCUAGCCUUCAGCCAGGCAGCCUCUUCUUCAAUCGGGAUAAUUCAGCAAAGUCCAGCACUUCACCUAAAGUGUCUCCUCCGAGUCAGAAGCUGAGUUAUGCUGCAGCAGCCCUGCAGGCUGGUGGCAGCUCCCACCCAUCAGGACAAGCUUCCUCCUCCAGCUCUGCCUCACCACAGCCACCCUCAAAAAGAAAAUUUGAGUUCAGCAAAGAGCGGCAGUCUGCUUCCGCUCCUCCACCCGCAAAGAAACUAAGCCCAGCCGGCUCACCAGAGGGCAAAGCUGUGACUCCCAAACCAAAAGCAAGCCCAGCCAGCACAUCAAGUCCCAGCAUGGGCAAAGCAUCCCCGGCAUCCACAAAGUCCACAGAGAGGAAACAGGAGAGCAAGCCCAAACCGGAACCCAAACAGAAAGCAAAAUCACAGAGUGCAAAACAGGUCCCAUUCAAACAGACUUUGCAGGGAGUUGUGUUCGUCCUCAGCGGCUUCCAAAACCCCUUCAGAGGAGAGCUGAGGGAAAAGGCGCUGGAGAUGGGGGCCAAAUACAGACCUGACUGGACUCCAGACGCCACACACCUCAUCUGUGCCUUCUCUAACACCCCGAAGUACAGCCAGGUGAAAUCAGCAGGGGGCAUCAUCGUACGGAAGGAAUGGGUGCUCGACUGUCACAAGAGGAAACAGAAUAUCUCCUUUAAACGGUAUUUGAUGGAUGGAGCCGAAUCCAGCUCGGAGAGCGAAAUGGAAGUGGAUGAAGAGAGUGAAGAGGAAACGAACACAAAGACUCCACAGAAGCAGGAGAGGCAGGUGACACCCAAGAAGACCCCAGAAAAGAGGGAUGAAGAUGAUGAGUAUGGAGGCUCCACUGAUGCUGAUGAACCAGGAAGGGACGAUGAUGGAUCUGCGGUGGACACGGAGGACGAGCUUCAGAGGGUGGAGAACGAGAGCAGACAGAGGAAAGCCGCAGUGGGAAAGAAGGUGAAAGAGGAGGAUCCAUAUGGGGGGUCAACUGAUGAAAACACAGACGCUGAGGCUGAACAGGAUCAUCCCAUCCCAGAGCUCCCAGACUUCCUGAGAGGAAAGCACUUUUUCCUUUACGGCAAAUUCCCCAACAACGAGAGGCGCCUGCUGUUGAGAUACAUCGUAGCCUUCAACGGAGGAAUUGAGGACUACAUGACGGAGAAGGUGCAGUUUGUUGUGACCAGUGAAGGCUGGCACGACUCCUUCGAAGAUGCGCUGAUGGAGAACAGCAAUCUGAACUUUGUGAAGCCUGCAUGGAUUUAUGCAAUCAACGAACGACAAAAGAUGCUGCCCUAUCAACCGUACACCGUUGUCCCCUGAACAAAGCAGUGUUUGUGUACAUGCAAAGGACUUGUUUGAGUUUCUCCGUUCCUGUGCCGCACUUUGCUGCUGCUGCUGUUCCCCUCGGCUACCUCAGGCUCCGUCUGGAAACGCUUCAUCCCCCCCCUGCCCUGACUGCCAGCAGCACUGAUAAGACUCUGCCUGGUGUAAGCGGGCCGAAUAUUUUGAGACCAGCCAAAAUCCAGGUGAAAAAGUGCCAUUUGUUGAAGAACACAAGUGUUAAAUAAAAAAAAUUGGAACAUUUUUGAAAAUGGGAAUGACUUCUUUUGGGAUUGUGUUUGUGUUUUCACAAAUUUAAUUUUAUGAAGUAUUGUGAGUGGUUAAGUGAUUUCUGUGGGUUGUUAAAAGUUUGAGAAAUAUGACUAUUUGAUUUUAUGAAUGUUUUUGAUAUUAAGUUUACAUGAGAUGGACAGACCUGACAGAUUGAGGACAUGAGCAAACAUCAGUGUUUGUUUGUCCCUCACUUAUGGUCUCAUUAAACACUAGGCAGUGUGGACUUUAGCUGCUUGUUCAUGUUUCUAUCUUUAACCUUUUUUCUGUUUUCUUAAUUAUUUUGUCUAAAUAAAAAAAAUGGCUUUUUAAUUAA